AUGAGCGACAAGCCAGUUGAGACACCGGCUGCGGAGGUGAAGGCAGUUGAGGAGCCCACAGCUGCCCCGGUUUCUACGGAGACUAUCAUCAAAGAGACGCCCGAGACGACUGUUGACGCCGCCACCGAAAGUGCAACGGAACCAGUCCCGGCCGUUGAGGCAGCUCCGGCCGUUGUUGAGACAGCGCCGGCUGCUAUCACUGAAGAGGAAAACUCUGUUGAGGUCACACCCGUGGAGGAAGCAAAGCCUGUUGAAGCGACCAAAGCGGUCGAGGAGACCGAGCCUGCAGAAGCUACACCCGCAGAGGAGACAAAGGCCACAGAGGCCGUCCCUGCUGUUGAGGUACCCGCUGCUGCGGCUGCCGGGGCCGAAGCCCCGACCCCGACCCCUGAAGAGCCCAAAAUCACGCCCAUCCAGGCUCUGUGGGCUGCCGCCCAAGAAAACGGCCACCCUGAGAUCUGGGGCGUCACCCUGGCCGACCCCAGCGCCCAUGUGCCCAGCCAGAUCGUCUUCCAAAAGUACCUCAACGCCAACGACGGCAACUUUGACAAGGCCAAGGACCAGCUGCUCAAGACGCUCGAGUGGCGGGCCAAGACCAAGCCGCUCGAGCUGCUGAAGCAGGAGUUUGAUAGUGCCAAGUUUACUAGCCUUGGCUAUGUCACCAGCUACACGGCCGGCGAGACCUACGAUUCCGCCGUGCCCGAGUCCAAGGAGGUCUUCACUUGGAACGUCUACGGCAACGUCAGCAGCAUGGACAAAACAUUUGGCAACCUACAGGAGUUUAUCAACUGGCGUGUCGCCCUGAUGGAGCUCGCUCUGCAGGAACUGUCGCUGUCCACCGCAACCAAGAACAUCACGGCCGAAUACGACCCCUACAAGAUCUUCCAGGUCCACGACUACAAGUCCAUCAGCUUCCUGCGCCAGUCCCCCCUUGUCAAAGCUGCCAGUACCGAGACCAUCAAGGUCUUUGCCACGAGCUAUCCCGAGCUGCUCAAGGAGAAGUUCUUCGUCAACGUACCCGCUAUCAUGGGUUUCGUUUACUCCUUCAUGAAGCUGUUCGUUGCUGCCAAGACCAUCAAGAAGUUCCAUCCGAUGUCCAACGGCUCUGGCCUGGCGAACGAGUUGGGCAGCAGCCAGAUCAAGGACCUGGGCAAGCGUCUGCCCAAUGAGUACGGCGGCAGCGCUGGUGAGCUCAAGACACUGGGCAAGGAGACGGCACUGAAAGCUGCUCCUGCUGCAGAAGAGCUAAAGACGGUAACCAAGAUCGAAGCCAAGGCUCCAGCUGAGGCCAAGGCCGAUCAGGAUAAGCUCAGCGGUGAGCCAGGCGACGGCGUGGCGAGCGUGUUGCGCAGGCUGAAGUGGUGCAGGUUGCCGAUGAAGCCGUUGGUCGCGGUGCUGCUAGAGGCCAGCGAGUAG